UGUGCACGGAUGUAGUGCGGAGCCCGUUAAUUCUAUUGAACAAUAAAGAAAACGCUACCGGUGAUACCUUACACCACAGGUGGCAGUUUUAUAGCUUAUUUUAUUUACAAACCGUUAUAUGUUUAGUAUAUCCUGCUGUCUUACAGAGAAAAUAAUAGAUCAUUAAAGGACCACAUGAAGACGCGCGUCGUUGGAAGUUUUAUCGAUCUGCGCGCGCUUGGCGCGGUGAUGCUGAGUGAGUGAGUCGUGCGACGCGAAUUCUUCGUUAACGGUUUCUGAAGACUAUCUGUACUGUACUUUUCUAACGAGAGUGUAGUUCAAACCGGAGCUGACAUCUGAAAUGUAAACGGGAAUUUUACCGGAAUCUGAGGCUGUGUCAAGCGCAAUGACAGCUCGUUUUGUGCUGCCGUUACUCGAGGAGGGGUCAACGGUCUCAUGUCUGAGGUCAUUACAGUGCUGAAUUCACAGUGCAGCUCACAGAUGCAUUAGAAAACCAAACUUAAUCUACAAGACCAGAAGGCUUUGAGCCAAAGCACUCCUGUUCAUGGAGGGCCUCUGGAACCUGCUGCUGCUGCUGGGGGCAUUCCUUGUCUUCAAAACCACUGAGGUCUGCUCAACUUCAGGCCAAGGCAUCUAUACCAACACAUGGGCUGUCCACAUUGAAGGGGGAGCUGAGGAGGCAGAGAGGAUUGCUCACAAACAUGGGUUCAUCUGUCAGGGAAGGGUGUUUGGAGACUACUAUAAUUUCCAGCACAGGGGUGUGGAGAAGAGAUCUUUGUCCAGUCAUCGUGGGGUUCAUGUUCAACUGCACGCCGAGCCACAGGUAAUUUGGGCCGAGCAGCAGAUUGCCAAGCAAAGACACAAGAGAGACGUUCACAUUGAACCAACAGAUCCAAAAUUCCCUCAGCAGUGGUACCUGUAUAACCCUAGUCAUGGAGAUCUGAAUGUGAAGGAGGCAUGGUCUCAGGGCUUCACAGGAAGAGGAGUGGUCGUGACAAUCCUGGAUGACGGCAUUGAGAAAGAUCACCCUGAUCUUGCAAGAAACUAUGAUCCUUAUGCAAGUUAUGAUGUGAAUGACAGAGAUCCAGACCCUCAGCCCAGAUAUACACAGCUGAAUGAUAACAGACAUGGGACUCGUUGUGCUGGGGAGGUUGCAGCAGCAGCAAAUAACGGUGUCUGCGGAGUGGGUGUGGCCUACAAUGCCAAAAUCGGAGGUGUGCGGAUGCUGGAUGGAGAAGUUACAGAUGUUGUGGAAGCUCAGUCCCUGAGCUUGAACUCCCAGCACAUCCACAUUUACAGUGCCAGCUGGGGCCCAGAGGAUGACGGGAAGACGGUGGAUGGCCCUGCCAAGCUGGCCAAAGAAGCUUUCCUACAGGGUGUCACCGAGGGUCGUGGUGGGCUGGGCUCCAUCUUCGUGUGGGCAUCAGGUAACGGAGGGCGAGAGCGGGACAGCUGUAACUGUGAUGGAUACACCAACAGUAUCUACACCCUUUCCAUCAGCAGCACCACACAGUACGGGAACGUCCCUUGGUACAGCGAAGCCUGUUCCUCCACCCUCGCCACCACCUACAGCAGUGGAAACCUCAAUGAGAAACAGAUUGUGACGACAGACCUGAGGAAGAAGUGUACAGACUCACACACGGGCACGUCCGCCUCGGCUCCCCUGGCUGCUGGAAUCAUCGCUCUCACUCUAGAGGCCAACAUGAACCUGACCUGGAGAGAUAUGCAGCAUCUUGUCGUAAGAACCUCACGUCCCGCCCACCUAAUAACUAAUGACUGGAGGACCAAUGGGGUAGGGCGAUUAGUGAGCCAUUCAUACGGCUAUGGUCUGUUGGAUGCCAGUGCCAUGGUCGCAUUGGCCCAGAACUGGACCAGCGUGGGGCUGCAGCACAAAUGUGUCAUUAGUAUGCUGACCGAGCCAAGGGACAUCAGAAACCACCUGAUCUUCAGCAGAUCUGUUGAGGCCUGCUCUGGGGAGCCGGACUUUGUGAGCUCUUUGGAACAUGUGCAGGCCAGACUCACCCUCUCCUAUAACCACAGAGGAAACCUGGCUAUUCACCUCAUCAGUCCUCUGGGAACUCGUUCCACGCUGCUGGCCCCACGGCCUCAGGACAACUCCGCUGAAGGCUUCAAUGACUGGGCGUUCAUGACCACCCACUCUUGGGAUGAGGACCCCCAGGGUGAAUGGACAUUGGAGAUCGAGAAUGUGGCCGGUUUUAAUGACUAUGGCGUUCUCUCUCAGUUUACUCUCAUCCUGUAUGGUACCGGUUCCAGUGCAUCAGAUCUGUCCAUUUCCGACUACACUCGACCCUCAAACAACAGCUGCAAAACCUUUGACACUCAGCAGAUCUGCAUCGAAUGCAGCACGGGUUUCUCACUUUUCUUGCAAGGCUGUGUGAAGUCCUGCCCUCCUGGCUUCAGUUCUGGACUGCAGGUCCUCAACUUGUCCUUGGACAACUGGGUGGAGCAUUCCACAGUACAGGCCUGCCUGCCUUGCCAUCCAGCCUGCGUAACAUGCUCUGGGCCUGGGGACAGCGAAUGUCUUUCCUGCCCUCCUCACAGCCACCUUGUGGUCACUUCCUGCCUGCACCAGAAGCAGGUGCAGCGAAAAUCUCCCAACAUCCCUGUUCUCCAGCACGGGGUCAAUGGUGAGGUGGAUCCAGGCUCGGAAGGGUCCUUGCGUGACCCUGGGGUGUCCUCAAAAUUGCCGACGUUGGUGGCGGUGCUGAGUUGUGCCUUCAUCUUGGCGACUUUCGCAGCCGUUUUCGUGCUGCUACAGCUGCACUCUGGAGCAGCCAGCACCCCCUUCUGUAGGACCAAACUGCCGGUGACUGGUACAAGCAGAGGGGGGAUUCGAGUGGGGUUUAGGUUUGGACUGGGAAGAGGGAAGGUGUCAUAUCGUGGGAUCCCCACUGUGUGGGUGGACGAGGCGGGGGGAAUGAACUCGGAAUCUGACAGUGAAGAACUGGAGUAUCACAGCGAAAAGACUGCUUUUAUACGGACUCAGAGUGCGCUAUAGCGCCCCCUGUAGAGCUUGAGCUUUUUAUACAUCCAUCUUCCUUGGACUGGGAUACAGAACUAAUAAGAGUCUGCUCUGCUCAGAUUUAUAGAUUGACUGAGAGUUUGAGGUUUGUGUGUGAGCUAAACUAGUGCAGUUGCAAUUCCAUAGUUUGACUCAAAUCCGAUUAAACACAAGACAGUCUCCGCUGCGCUGAUUGAUUCCCUUUAUUUUCAUUGAUUACCUUUUAUUUGUCGUAGUGGUUGGGUCUAAUGGCCUGAGAUUUAAACCACUAAACAGGAUCAAUACAACCAUGUGGGUGUGUUUGGUUGUGUGCGACAGUGCAUAGAUGUGCUUGUGCGUGUGCAGGGUUUAAUCCUAACAUUUAUUUUUUUAACAAGAAAAAGGGCUUAAAUUUGUUCCAGUGAUUUUUUUUAUUAAAAGUUUUGGACUGUUUUGUGCUCAACUUUUUUGCAGCAAGUCGAUGCACUUCUAUAGCCAUCACUGCAUUGCCGUUAGAUUGCGUAUCAUUUGUGUAAGUCUUUAAUCCCUGACAAUAAAGUUAACAUUCAGCUCUUUCUGCUCGUCAAAGGCAGCUCUAGCAUAUUGCUAUGCUAAUUACAUAACUUUAAUAAACAUAACAAAUUGCUUAGUACACACAAACCCAGUCCAUUUAUUAAUUAGAGCUACUAGAACUAUUUAUUAGCAACACUUGUUUGGUGUUAAAAUAUGAAAUAUACAUGCAAGUAUAAAUCAAGUUUAAAAACGGAAGCAUACAAGUAAUGCUGCCUUAGAAUUUGGACAAAUGAAGCAUGGUACGUUCGGACUGUCAGCACGCAGCCUAGGUUUUUUUUUUAGCAUGUCGUUGGUGCAUAUGCCUAGUGUUGACUUUGCUAAAAAAGGAUCACAAAGAAGUCGUAGCAUGCAUGCAUCGAACGUGUCCAUAUGGGCUUGCAGUCAAAAGAGUACACAAUACUUUGAAAGACUGGAUGGGAUGCGGAAAAGCAUACCCUAGCCUGUAAAAAGCAACAUAAUUGUUGUUCUUUACCUUUUUGGCAACCUUUGUGCCGGGAGCACUUUACCCACGAGGCCUUUAAAUGCUGUCUAGGUAGGCAGUGCGCCACAUUUUGUAAGAGCUCAUGCCAUUUUCAGCAAUACCAAUAUUUGGAAAGACACGAAGAGCGAUUCAUUUCAAGAGAGCUUUUAACGUUGUGUGGCGGUAUUUAACGGUUUUAUUAAACUGCAGUCAUUAAAUGAAUUGCAAACAUCUGUAGAGUCUGUUUAUUAAUAGCAUUUAAAAGUACUUGAAAAUCUGUGAUGAAAUGAAACAGGUCUGUUUUCUAUUUGUUACUGAAUCUAAUUUGUACAUUGUGUGGGUUCCGUCGUAUAAUUCAUGUAGAGUUGUGUUCAAUCAGUCUAAAUUAAUAACCCACAUAUUAUGCGCUUCGCUACUUGAAGUGUGCUGUGGUAGAUCAAAAAUAUUUCAUGCGUACUUGAUAUGAAGGCCUCAACCUUUCAUGUUUCCAUGACGGCGGAGAAAAACAUACUUUUCCUCGCAGCUCCUAGAAGAGGGAGAUCUAGUUUAUAGAAAUGGCACAUUUAAACUGCUUUCCAUAAUUAGUUCAGCUGGGAGGAAUGUGAUUUCCUAUUCAAUGCCUGAAGCUUCUGCCUACUUGGCAUUAUAAGUUAAACUGGGACUACUACAUACAUACUAAUUGAGCAAUAAGACGGAUGGUCCAGCUACUCGUGAAAGUGGUGUCAUGUUGAUAUCUCAUCUUUAGUGAGCACUUCUGAGAGAAUAUUGAAAAAUACUUUAAGAUGGGUGCACAGCUCUUUUGCAUUGAUUUGCAAACUAAUGUGUUGAGUGUGUCUAUGACUAAUAGUACAAGAACGGGCGCUGGUAUCCGUUCACUUUGUUCACUCUUUUUAUGAGCCUUUUCUCUUUUUGUGUUUUCCGUGGAACACAAUAGAAGUUGAGAAGAAUAUCCAAGCUGGAGUUUUUGGAGAAAAUCAAAUACAAACUACGUCUUUCCAUGAACUUUUCACCUCGUGUCAAGCACUUCUGAUGGAAAAAUAAUAAGCAGGGUUGGGGAAAAAAUUAUUCUUUGAAAAAAAUCAAAUAAAAUGCAAGCAGCAAAGAAAUGUUUCAAAAUAAUUAUAGGCUUUGGUUUUAAACAGUUAAGGUUUAAUUAUUAACUUUGUCAUUACUUAUUUAAUUUCACUGAUAUCAAAAUGUAGUCAUGGCAGUUUGUUUGAAAGACCACAACAUGUUCGGAUGUUUUACUGUACAUAGAUUUACGUGUGAUCGGGAGCAUAUGGAGAUAGAAAUGUUGCAUAUUAACAUACAAAUGGAAAGCGAUUUACAAUUAGAAAGUUGAUUCACAAAUACAUUUAAUGAGAUCCACAAAUAAAUGUACGUUUUAUGGAGUUUCACAAAAAUGAAAUUAAUUCACAAAUAAAAAGAAUGAGAUUUUAUAAAAAAUAUGUAAGGUGUUCCACAAAAAUAAAGUGAAUUCACUUUAAUCCCUGAAUCCCUAUAGUUUUUUAACUCACAAACACAACUCUGUCCAGCAUUCA